AUGGCUUCCCGCGCCACUCUCCUGCCUCUUCUCUUCCUCUUCCUCCUCGUGGCGCCCGCGCUCGCCACCUCCGGCACCAUCGUCUUCACCACGCUGGGCCGGAGCCGCUACGGCUUCGACAUCUUCGCGCUCCCGCUCGAUCCGCUCUCCACCUCCCCAUCCGCCGCCGCCUCCGCGGAGCUCCUCCUCACAGACGGCGCCUCCCGCAACGGCUCGCUCAACCUCUACCUCACCCCGGUCCCCACCUCCGCCUCCGCCGCCCGCCGCCGCGAGGCGCUGGAGGAAACGGACGACUUGCCGCCCCCGACGCUCACGCCGCUGCUCCCGUGGGACCCCAUCGCGCUCAAGGACCGGCCCUCGCUGACCGCCGACGGCGCCCACCUGGUGUACGUCUCUACGGCGGAGGCCGCGGGGGCCCCGCGCCGGAGCUGGGCGGCCGUGUACUCCACGAGCCUAGCGUCCGGGGCCACGCGCCGCCUCACCCCGCGCGGCGUCGCCGACUUCAGCCCCGCCGUGUCGCCGUCCGGGGACUGGACCGCCGCCGCGUCGCCCGGCCCGCGCGGGUGGGACGGCGAGGUGGAGGACCUCCGCACCGACAUCUACGUCUUCCGGACCUCCGACGGGUCGCGGCGGGCGCUGGCCGUCCCGGACGCCGGGUGGCCGACCUGGGCCGACGACAGCACCGUCUUCUUCCACCGCCGGGACGGCGACGGCUGGUACGGCGUGUACCGCGCCAAGCUCUCCUUCACGGACGACGACGGCGGCGCCGGGGUGUCCGUGUCCGUCGCGUCCGUCGACCGGAUCACCCCGCCGGGGUUCCAUGCGUUCACCCCCGCCGCGUCGCCCGGCGCGCCGGGGCUCGUGGCCGUGGCCACCAGACGCCCGGGCUCCGACUACCGCCACGUCGAGGUCAUCGACGUGUCCGGCGGCGGCAGCGCCAACGCCACUUACUUCGAGGUGACCAGGCCCGUGGCGCCGCGCGCGCACCACUUCAACCCGUUCAUCUCGCCGGGGGGCGAGCGCGUCGGGUACCACCGGUGCCGGGGCAGCGGGAACGGGGACUCGCCGCUGCUGCUGGAGAGCAUCAAGAGCCCGUCGCCGGACACGUUCUCGCUCUUCAGGAUCGAUGGGUCGUUCCCCUCGUUCUCGCACGACGGCAAGAGGAUCGCCUUCGUCGGUCUGCCGGGGCUGUUCGUGGUCAACUCCGACGGCUCCGGUGGCCGCCGGCGGGUCUUCUCGGGCAACGCGUUCCCCACGACAUGGGACUGGAAGAGGAAAGGGGUCAUCUACACCAGCGUCGGGCCGGACUUCGCGAGCGAGAGCACCGAGGUGGACGUUGUCGCCGUGUCCCUUGGCGACGACGACGACCCCAACGUCUCGAUCAAGAAACUCACCGUGGGAGGCGAGAACAACGCGUUCCCGUCCCCCUCGCCGGACGGCAAGUGGGUGGUGUUCCGGUCCGGGAGGUCCGGGCACAAGAACCUCUACAUCAUGGACGCGGAGGACGGCGAGGCCGGUGGCAUCCGGCGCCUCACCGAGGGUCCUUGGUCCGACACCAUGUGCAACUGGUCACCCGACGGAGAGUGGAUCGCGUUCGCCUCCGACCGGCACAACCCGGGCAGUGGCAGCUUCGCCAUCUACAUGGUGCACCCGAACGGCACCGGCCUGCGGAGGGUAGUGCACAGCGCCGACGGCGGCCGGACCAACCACCCCUGGUUCAGCCCGGACUCCAAGACGCUGGUGUUCACGUCGGACUACGCCGCCGUGUCCGCGGAGCCCAUCUCCAACCCGCACCACUACCAGCCCUACGGCGAGAUCUUCACCGUCAACAUCGACGGGUCGGGCAUCCGCCGGCUCACGCACAACUCCUUCGAGGACGGGACGCCGUCGUGGACGCCGUACUACCUGAAGCCGGAGGACGUCGGCGAGACGCUGCAGGCCUCCGGGACGUGCGCGUUUGAGGAUUGCCACUGGCUCAACAUUGCUGCCCAGCCAGAUGGCCUCAUGUGUGGCAAGCACGGCUAA